UGCGGACGACUACACCCGGGGUUAUAUGAACUCGCGGGCCAUUAUAGAGCCCAAUGGAAACGUGUUUUGGCCGCCGCCCACCAAAUUCAGGUCCACGACAGCGGACGUGGAUAUGUCCAACUAUAUACCGAAUGGCGAAUGGGAUCUACUGGAGGCCGACAUCUCGCGCAACGUUGUGUACUACCCGUGUUGUCCGGAGCCCUUCCCAGACGUCACCAUUAGACUCACCAUAAGGCGAAAGAUUUUGUACUACACAUACAAUGUCAUACUACCAUGUAUGAUGUUAUCAGUGCUCACACUACUUGUUUUCUGUAUACCACCCGAUUCGGGCGAGAAGAUUGCCCUUGGUGUUACAGUGUUGCUCGCAUUCUCUGUGUUUAUGCUGGCAAUUUCUGAAAAGUUACCAGAGACAUCCGAAUCCAUACCAUUGCUAGGAAUUUAUUUGACCGUGGUUAUGGCUAUAACAUCGGUGUCGGUAAUUAUGACAGUAAUCGUGCUCAAUUUUCACUACCGUGGCCCAGUCAAGAAAAAAAUACCAAGUUGGCUCAAAACUCUCAGUACACUAUCAAAUAGUGAACCUAAUAAAUAUUCGCCUCAAACGAAAAUAAUCUAUUUCAAAUCUCAAAACGUAGCGAAUAAUUACAAAUCAAAUUCAACACAACUAUUCAACGCUAUGUCAAGUAAUUUAACAAAUGAAAUACAACACCGACUACUCCGGGAGCACUCAAAGUACAAACAAAAUGCACAACAAACCACUGGCCAUAACAUGUCCAAUAGUGUGGGCGGUCACACACCACUUGACCCGUAUGGUGGGCACCGGUACGCCCUCAGCACCGAAUCUUUAAUCAACAUCGAAGACAAUUACAAACUACUACUGAACUUAUCGCGGGCCAAGUCGUGUAACCGUAUCGCCAAUAAUAUGGACACUCGAUCGCAUACGACUGGGUCGACAGCCGUGAGUGUACCGCCCGGUGCUUACGAUAAGCUAUUACAGGCUCACGAAGAGUUGCUCGACAUUAUAUGCCGGUAUCUAAUGUGGGAGAACGAGCUGAAAGAGCACGAGUCCAGUGUUAUACACGAGUGGCGACUAUUAGCCCUAUUUAUUGAUCGCAUAUUAUUUUGGAUAUUUUUCAUUAUUACGUUUUGCUCAUCGGUUAUGUUUUUGGUGGUCAUUCCCAUCAAACAACGUGACAAA